UUUUUCUCUAUUAAAGGAUUAAAGGAUCUCGGAUAAAUGUUUUUAUUUGACCCCCUUUCACAGAAUCGCAUACUCCAUAAAUAAAUAACAAAUGCAGUGAAUCGAACCGACGGCUACAGUGCUUCAUCAUCGCCAUCGCUGCUCACUGAAGUUUCCGGCGGCUACAGUGCUUCAUCAUCAUCAUCCAUUUCCGAGUUUCAAACCGUCAUCUAAUCGGUCAUCUUCUCUAUUCAUCGUACUUUGCUGAUAUUGUCAAUGUCUCGUUAUAUUGGAGAUGGCUAUGUGGAUGGACAAGAGAAAAUUCAGAUAAUACCUGACAAAGGCAGCUCAAUAGGUGUUCAAGACAUUGAGAAACCAUUGGUUAUUUGCAAAAAAUGCCGUGGCAAUAUCACGGAGAACAAUGCAAUGAUGCCUAUUUGCAAGCCGUGGCCUUACCUUGUUCAUACAAAUUGUGUUAAUGAUUGUAAUAAAUGUCCCCUAUGUGAGGAAUCAGCACAUUAUGUUUCUGUCAAAUUAAUUCCUGUGCGUACAGAAAAGAAACAGAGCAAAUGGAGGAAAAUUUUCAAAAAGGCAGGUAGAUAAAGAAAUACAUUGGCGGCUGCUAUACUUGCUUAUCAGUUGAGUAAGGUUGUAAAAUACUACGUAUCUUGAUAGAUCCCAAAAAAAAAAAAAAAUAACAAAAAAAAUAACAAAACAAAACAGCUCACCUUUUUGCAUUCUUGCAAAUCCCAUCAACCC